AUGACGAUGGAUCUCACUGCCAUAUGCUUGGUAAUUUUAGUAUUGGACGUUAGUUAUGGGAUUCGGGCACUUCGUAUACGACGUUUGGUUGGUGGACAGUCUGCUAUCGAAUCUGAGUUUCCUUAUCAGGUGUCUUUACGAAGCUACAACUUGCAUAUCUGCAGUGGUGCGCUUAUUAGCAAAAGGCAUGUCCUGAGUGCAGCGCAUUGUAUAUGUGGCUUAAUAGAUGAACCAUCUGAAGAACUCAGUGCUCACACUGGGAGCAUCAACUUAAAAGAGGGUGAAAAACACGCUGUCAAAGAUGUCAAAUGUCAUCCUAAUUAUGUAUAUGGCCCUGAGAAAUCUUGGAUAGCUGAUCUAGUUGUAAUCACGCUUGCUAAAGAAAUUCGUAUAUCAUCCUCUCAAUGGCCAAUUGCUUUAGCAACAUACGAUGUACCUGUUGGACAACAUGCCAUUAUCAGUGGAUGGGGUCGUGUUCGUCCGUUUAGUUGGUUGUCUCGCGACUUACAAAAACUUUCGGUGCCAAUUAUUGACAAUAAUGCAUGUCAGACCUAUUAUAAAAACACUACUAUUCUUAGCUCCCAAAUUUGUACAUUCGAAAAGAAAGGUAUCGGCGCUUGUAAGGGCGAUAGUGGCAGUCCUUUAGUACAUAAUGGUGUACUAAUAGGUAUAUUUUCAUGGACAAAACCUUGUGCACUUGGUUUUCCUGAUGUUUUUUCCAGAGUGAGUUACUUUACGGAUUUUAUCAAACAAGUAAUGCAAGAUAAUUAG